UAUCGGUCUGAUGCGAAAGGACCUGAGGCUCGCGAUGCUUGCGGCCACGGAGGCGGGUGCAGACCUUCCUCUAGCGGACAAGGCAUCAGAGGUGUAUGAGACUGCCGAGUCGGAGGAGAGGUGUAAGGGGCGCGACUUUUCGGUCGUCUAUCGGUGGCUCGGUGGGAAAGAGUGAUGGUCAUGGCCUUUUAUUGAGUACGAAUAGCCUUACAUCAAUGAAGUUCUCACGGACAUUAUUGCCGAUAUCCUUCUCCCGCUCCUGUGCUAGCAAUAUUAUCCGAUGAUUGCGGCCACAGAAAUAUGCAACCCCCUCGGCGGCACGAGCUUGGUGGGUGGGACACAAUUCGUGGCUUUUGUGGGGGAAGAGCGAGAGAACCUGGAACCACCCCGCGUGGCAUUUCUCCGAGCUCCCAAAAGUUCCACCCACAGCAGCCCUGCGUGCCCUGCCACGCCUGCCGCUGCCUUCCCGCCGCCACUAACCUGGAAACUCUGGAAUCGGGCAGUCCAGGGACAAAGCCGUUCACAUGCGACGAACAAUUUCCUAUCCGAUUCUCACAGUAUUUUCCCAAAACGGAACGCCCAACACACCAACUCGUUGAUUCCCGUCUCAACUCGCUCACUUUGUGUGAAGGAUCGGAUCGGCUGCCAAUCAAGAGAACCUAACCCCCGGGGUGCCUCUAUUCGGGAUCGGGAUUCUGGAUUACCACCCUUUCAACUCUGUCAUUCUGAUCAUCCAGCCCGAAUCGAAUCAUUGCGCUCGCCCAGACCAGCAAAGGUCGGCGGCAUACCACCCUCCCUAGUCUCCAUCAGGGAUCUUGGCCCGCACUCGGGGGUCGACCGACCCCGGGUUUUGAGAAUUGGGUCGGAUCGCUUAACGGUUUGCUCCCUCGCUAUCGCUCCGGGAGGAGGAAUGGGUGGGACUGUUGCAUUCCUUGAAUGUUCCCGGUAGAGUAGUGGUGGUGUGCGAAAGGGGAGGUACCUAUAUAUGCCGGGCCUGGACCCCGCUUGGGGUUUGGGGACUUGUUUGGUUCUUGUUUGUUGGGGCUCCAUGGUUUUGAUACCCGGAGAGGUUCUUUUGACCUUAGACAUUUAAUACCUAUCAAGAACCAUAGCCCUGUUGCAUGUUCACACGCCAAAUCAGUCUGUCUGUCCGCACCCCUGGCUUAUCGUUUUCGAAGAGUACAACGCAGCCUGCCCAUCCCACCGGGUG